AUGUUCAACCAUUCGUCUUCUCACCGGUUCGGCAACGCAACUUUCAACAACGUUCACGGAAACCAGCACAUCUACCACAAUCAUACGUACCACCUUCAGCACCAACAUCAACUUGUGCCGGCUUCUGCGGUAGAAGGAUGGAAAUUGAAGAUGUAUCGGGAGUAUGACUGGUUUCCGACAGGCAGAAUCAUAAUUAUCAGAACCGUUCAUGUGUCAGGCGUUGAACGAAAAGAAUACGAAGAUGAUCCCGAUCACCUUGAUUCGUACGAGAGAAGGGACAAGUCGAGGGUGUUGAACUUAUCGUUUAACAUGUGA